AUGGGCCCCACCAAUCAGAUCGUAAAGUGCAUUGUGGUACCCAGUGGUCAGCGUCGAUUCCAGCACCCGCGGAAUUGGGAGUAUCAGAUUGGAUAUGGUGGAUCACUUGUUGUCGACUUAUGCAGCCGUAAAAAUGCCAACGAUUCUCGACAAUCUCUGGAAUCCGAUGGGACACCUUGGUUCUCAGUGAAUCUCGCUGCAAUGAGCGUUUUGUAUGUUCUGCUCUAUGGAUAA